GUAUUCAUCAGUGUCAAAGGAGGCCGCCCGACCGCUCUGCUCGGCUUCAUCCUUGAAAUGCGUCUCCGAUUCUUCCGCAUUUUGCGCAUUCUGCAAUUCCCACAGAGAUAUUUGUAGUUCUUCUCCAGAGCUUAAAAAAAAGAAAAAGAUUCGCACUGAGCCUGUUGCAAUGGAAGGCUCAGAGGAAAGAGGAGGGAAACGCCUUGCGACAGAAAGGACCUUCACAGAGAACUUCAUUUCCCAGCUUGCCGGCUGCAGCCCGGAGGCGGGGUUGCGAGCAGCUCGGUCGCCUCUUCUGUGCGCGGGGAGCCUUGCGUUAAAGAGCCGCAGGGAGCUGCUGAGAGCGCGGUGGCCAUGGCGAGCAGCCGCGGAGUGACCCCGAUGCUGACCGCUUGCUGCCUUCUCGCACUCUGCUGCAGCCCUGGAGCGAUCUCUUUGCUGCUACGGAGCCGCCGGGUGGACGGCGGGAAUGACAGGCCCAUUCUGGGGAUAUUGGCACAGGAGACUGAUUUCGAAAGCUUCCAAAAAUUCGGAAGUUCUUAUAUCGCUGCUUCAUAUGUAAAGUUCAUUGAAUCGGCUGGAGCUCGUGUAGUACCAAUAAGACUAAAUCGUUCAGAUGAAGAAUAUAAUAAGAUUUUCUACUCCAUUAAUGGGAUACUUUAUCCUGGAGGUGGUGUUGACCUCAAGACUUCUGAAUUUUCCAGGGUUGCAAAAAUAUUCUAUAGGAAAGCACUAGAGGCUAAUGAGAGAGGAGAUUAUUUUCCUGUAUGGGGAACAUGCUUGGGACACCAACUGCUCAGCUAUCUCACUUGCGGAGAGAACUUGCUUACAUGGACUAAUACUGAUAAUUUUGCAUUUCCACUGAAUUUUACAAAAGAUGCCAAAGGCACCAAGAUGUUUGCAGAUUUCCCUGAUGAUUUGCUGCAAGAGAUGGCUUCUGACCCUGUGACUUCAAACUUCCAUUUCUGGAGCCUUUCUGUGCAGAAUUUUACGAACAAUGAGAAAUUGCGCAGUUUCUAUAAGGUCUUGACAACUAAUGUCCAUGGCAAUAUAGAGUUUAUAUCCACCAUGGAAGCAUAUGCAUACCCAGUUUAUGGUGUCCAGUGGCAUCCAGAGAAAAAUCCAUUUGAAUGGAACAACAGAACAGGAAUACCACAUUCUCGAUCGGCUAUGAGAGUAACAUAUUAUAUUGCUGACUUCUUAGUUAAUGAAGCCCAGAAGAGCAACCACCAAUUUUCCAGCAAAAAGGAAGAGGCAGAGGCAUUGAUUUACAAUUUUAACCCUGUUUUCACUGGACGUUUUUCUUCAUUUGACCAGGCUUAUUUUUUUGACUAAGUCCUCAGUCAGAGAAUAGCCUUCUUGUGUUCCGUUCCAAGGAAGGAUCUCUGUUGAAAGCCUCCGUGAAAUGGCUGGGAAGCUGUUUAAGAACAUUGUGAUGAAAGAGAUGUGUGAAGGAGAAUUUUCCUGGGGACUGUGCCACAAAUCCUUAUUCACAAAUGGAGAGCAACAUAUAGUGGAGUCUGCCCCUGCACAGAUCCUUUGGUUCAGAACGUGGCAGGAGCCACACUUGGUGAUUUGUGUUCAUAGACUAUAAUCUGCAAAACCACACAGGUCCUGUUCUCACAUUUACCAUCCCAUAAAAUUGUAUGCAUUGGGCAAAGUUCCCACUUUCCAAAAGAGUAAAGAUCAGAGGAAUCAUUCUGAUGGCUCUGUACCCAGGAAUAGACCUUUCUUUUGCUAUGUGCUAGUGGUAAACAACAGAACUGACGUUUAUGAGCUUCAGUUCAUAGUACAUGGUGUGGUUUGUUUUUUUUUUUUAAAAAAAAUCAUGUUACAGUGGAAUGGAAUUGUUUUUAGAGUUCAGCUCUGAAUUCAGAAAUCUUGUUUGUUUGAAGAAACUGAAGAGGCCUGCUGUCAUGCAUGUGGAAAGAAAUGAGUUUACAUCACAAGACUACAGAGGAUCUUGGUGCAAUAGCUUCUGUUCAUGUGAAACUGCAUUUUUAGUGAUUUGAUAUAAAAUUCUCAGGGAAUCGCCCUUUUGACAAAGGACUUAUUUGGAAAUACAAAAUGGAGAAUUUUUGAACCCACUGAGCCAUGUACUGGGAGCCUUUUUGGCUCCUUUUCUUGCUUUCUCUUUUUUUUGCCCCCCCCCCCCCCACAUAGACUAAUCUCCUCCCUCAUGCCAUUUAUACCUGACCCCAGGUAGCAGAAUGCUUCUAAUGCUGCUAUUUGGGAUACAUUGCUUUAGCAAAGCUUUCCCUGAAUAACACUGGCUUAAUUUUCUUUUAUACUUAGCUUGCAUUCCCUCCAGUGCUUGAUCUCUCCUCAUACUCUCCCUUGAGGUACUUGAUCCAUUCUGCCCCAUAAAACUUCCACAUUGUAAAGCACUGUCCUUCUGUCUUUUCCACAUUGAUCUGACUCUUUAGGAUCAAGCUCAUAAUCUGUUUCUGGACUUUGCUUCCAAAUUUGUCCAGUCUGGGUCUCUGACUUGUGCCUCAAUUCUAAUGCUAAACAGUUUAUUACAUUUUGCAAUCUGUUCCUAAGUAUGAUUUCCUGGUUCUUCUGUGUUCAGUGGAACACAAGUGUACACUCCUAGUCAUUGUAUCCAGGUUAUUGCUUAGAAACGUUUUGAUUUCAUAAAAAUCACUUGCAGAAAAUUACUCAAUGGAUUUUCUUGUUCAAAAACCCAUCGCCUUACAAGUUCUUACAAAAACUGGUGGCAUCUCCCUUCUUGUGCUCACACAGAAGAGCACCUCUUUUGAAAUGGUCCCUGCUGUGACAAAUGCAUGAUUGUUUUUAUUCACAUACAAAUGUAGGCGCCUCUUGAUUUAUCAAUGAGACAUAUUCGGUACAAAUAAUUAGAAUUUAGGAGACAUUGACUAAGAUUUUUUUUUAACUGGGUGACAGUCUUGGUGCUAAAUAUGCUUAGUAGGUGUAAUUAGUUAUUUCUUUUAUCCAUGAUGCAAUCACCAUUGUAAUCAAAGAACAUUCCAAGGUGACAUUUAUUGAGUAACAGUAUCACAUUUGAUAUUUUAAUGCAUCAGAAAGAAUUUGCUAGUUGGAAGGGUAGAUUCCUACUGGAAAAACUUGUGUAUGCUUUUCUGUCAGGUGCAAUAUAUGUAGUCCUUUGGGAUUACUUCCUCCGUGGGUUGAAAUGGUUUAUUUGAUAAAGGUACUGCCAGCAGUUGGAGUGGCUGCACAUCCAUGUGCAGAUCUGUGUGCCUGUGAAAAUGGAAUGUUCUGUGCUGGUUACAGAAGUGUACGUUGUGAGUACUUGUGGAGCUAUUGAGGUUAUGAAGUUUGGGAUAAGGUUCAGGGUCAGGCCUUUGAUACAUAGGGCUGUGUAUCUGUAGCCAUGUUUUCUUAAUUGCACUUUUUGUAUAGGUGUUUGUUUUCAAAUGUAAUAGUUAUAAAUGAGGAGAUACAGUCUAAUUCAAAAUUGAAUGUAAAAAAAGAGAAAAUAUUGUAUUGUUUAUUUACCAUGUAAGUCUUUCUCUCUGAUUUUGCUUCGUAACUAUUUACUUAAAGUAGAUUGGAUGUGCUUUGUAUUUUGCUAUAUAAAACCUUUAAUAAAGGAAACUAAGAAUA